GAAUCGCAGUCGCGCCAGUGGUUUCCGUCGGAUCUAGACCCUCGGAGACUUGAACGACCGGGUAGAAAAAAAUGCUCCCGUGUUUUCAUCCGCAUUAACUUGGACUCAGUGGUGUUCGUCCUUCUUGGAGACUUAAACGCGUGGCUAGCAAAAUUGAACCAUCGUUUUUUCGCGCGUUGAAAGGGCAUCCCACUCGCUAGUGUGUACGCUCGCAAAUUAAAAGUGUUUGUCACCCAAAGUGACUUGAGCGAACGGUUAAAAAAGAGUGCAACUAUUUUCUACGGAACUUCUUGGGCAAGUUCUUUUUUUUUACAAUUCGGUGUUUCAUUUGGAUUACAAAACUUUUGAUUCAGAAGUGCCCUCAUUCAAAAAUUGACCAGUUUAAAGGACGAACUUUUUUACAGUGUUGAAAGUGUGCGGUUGCGGACAUUACCUCAACGGCCCUCGCUAUUUACGUGUGGGAGACGAUUUUUCUGUGUAGUUCCUCUUCGCCGCUUUGCGAUGAUGCUUCUGAUCGGUCCGGAUUCGUUGUUCCGUGGUAAAGUGUUUCCAUGUGCGGAUUAAUUACGGCGGAUGCGACCGUCUAGUAGCGUAUGACUCGCCUGCUUCUUUCACGACAAUUCGACGACAUCACGUGGUGUUCGAAUCCUAUCUAUUGGGCAUAAUUAAGUGAUCAACGGCACGUGGCUACUGUGAACUUGUUAGCGAACGGACAUAACCGUAAAAAGUAACUGUGCACUGUGAGACUCUCGGAACUCGCAUCGUUAGUUUUUAUCGGCGCCGCGUGGAGCGCUGGGAUGAGGCCGGAAGGACGGAGGCGCGACCAGCCGGCGCCGAGGAGACGCGCGCCCUCUGUCGGCAGCUUCUGAAGUUGCUUCGAGCCUAAGGCGAAGUCGAUGAAUGAUGAGCGGGUGCCGUUCCCUCCUCCGAGCGACGAGACUGGUCUGUUUGAGCUUCCUCGCUAUCCUCCAGCUGUCUUUCGUUUUCAUGCAAGAGAUAUCGUACGAGCUGGAGAUCCCGGUGGAGAACGGAAGCUUGCCGCUGCAGGUGUUCGUGGGCUACUCGAGCAAUCCGUGGGGCUCCUCCAUGAUGAUCCACUCGACGGAGCCGGACCAGGACUCGGACCCGGACUCGGAUCCUGACCAGCAACACUUCCACGAGGGCAGAGCUCACGAAGGCUCCUCCGCCCCCGUCGCCACCACACCAAGGUAA